GAGCCUAUAAAUCAAAGUAUCAUAUUACAACAAACAACAACAAAAAAAAAUCUUUUUCUUUAUAAUGGCUUUGGUUCUUGAAUGGAAGAUACAAUUUGUGGUUCUUUUUGUGACUUUUGGAAUGUAUGUUUCUCAAGUCACUUCUCGAAACCUUCAAGAAUCAUCAUCCAUGUUGGAAAAACAUGAGUUGUGGAUGGCGCGCCAUGGAAGAACUUAUGAAAAUGAUGCAGAAAAGGCGAAAAGAUUGAAUAUUUUCAAGGAGAAUGUGAAAUUUGUUGAGUCUUUUAACAAAAAUGGGACUAAGCCAUACAAAUUAGGCAUCAAUGAAUUUGCUGAUCUUACUUCUGAGGAAUUCUUAAAGUACUAUACUACUCAUGGACUUAAUAAGUUUUCUUCAAAAUCUCAGCAAUCAUCUCCAGCUAUAUUUUCAUCAUUCAAGUAUGAAAAUAUGAGUGAUGUUCCAUCUUUCAUGGAUUGGACAAAGAGUGGUGCUGUCACUAAUGUCAAACAUCAAGGUCAAUGUGGAUGUUGCUGGGCAUUUGCGGCGGUUGGAGCCUUGGAAGGAGCAAACAAACUCUCAAGAAGCAAGUUAAUUUCACUAUCCGAGCAAGAGUUAUUAGAUUGCACAACCGAAAACAACGGUUGUAACGGUGGUUUGAUAACAACCGCCUAUGAUUUCAUCGUAAAAAAUGGCGGGAUCGCGUUGGAAUCCAACUACCCUUACAAGGAAUAUCAAGAUUCAUGCAGGAGCGCCCAACAGGGGACGGACUCAGCCGUAAAAAUGAGUCGUUACGAAACUUUACCAUCGAGCGAAUCAGCAUUAUUAAAAGCCGUAUCGCAACAACCCGUCUCAAUCGGUAUCGCCGUAACCGAAGAAUUUCAUAUGUACCAAAGUGGUGUUUACGAUGGCAGUUGCGAUGAUCAACUUAAUCAUGCAGUUACUAUAAUUGGCUAUGGGACAAAUGAAGAUGGUACAAAAUAUUGGCUAAUUAAGAAUUCUUGGGGUACAAGUUGGGGCGAAAAUGGUUACAUGAAACUUGCAAGGGAUACUGGAAUUGAAGGUGGUCUUUGUGGGAUAACCACUUUGGCUUCCUAUCCCAUCGUUUAGAAAUUUGGUCUAAAUAGCACACCUUUAGUGCUAGUUUGUUUACUUUUUAAACGGUUAUGUUGUACUUGCUAGUGCAGGAGCAUUUGUUCUUGCAAAUUAAAGGUCCUUGUAUUACAUGAUGAAUUAAAGAAGAAUUUAACUUAUA